GCGAGGCCGUCGAGGCGUAUCUUCGGUUUAGGGGGGAUAGCUCGACUACGAAGGGUGAAGCAGCCAUGGUGGACGUUCGUGCCCACACACCCAUGCAGUCUGAAAAAGGUCAGGUUCUGUCUGGUUCCGUGGACGAGCUAUGGUCGACGGCCACCGAGGCAGCGAAGUCGGGGCAACAAACGAAGGCGGCCCAUUUCUACACCAUGGCGCUCGACUCCGUCACCAGGGGUAUGCGGCGGGAUGCAGGCGGCUUCGCUGCCGACGCCGAGCUCAUGAAGUUCAACGCCUCCUCCAAGGGCCACCUGGCGCAGCUGCUCUCGGAGCGCUCGGCGGUUCACCUGAAGCUCGGCGACUUUGCUGCCGCGGUGGAGGACGCGGACGCCUGCACCCGCGCGGACCCGGAGUCCGAGCGGGGCCACGCGAGGCUCGCUGUGGCGCACGAGGCCGCGUGCUCUUCGCUCCGCGUCCAGCUGGAGGCGUGCGAGCGUGGCCUCACCGCCUGCCCGGGCAGCAAGUUCCUGGUGACGCGCAAGUGGCGCCUGAAGAAGGCCAUCGCCGAGCAGCCAGACGCAGGCGAGGCUCCGGCAGCAUCCCUGGACGACGACGGCAGCCGUCUUGCUGCAGCCCGCCGCGUUGCAGACGACCCCAGCGAUGCGCGGAGGCCCAUGGCUGCGAGCGACCUCGGCAGCGUGCUGGCCGCGGGUUCGCACGGAGUUGCCAGGGACGUGGUCCAGGCCGAGCGUUACUUGCGCAUCGCAUCGGAAGGCGGCGACACUGCCGCGCAGCGGAAUCUUGGCCUCCUGCUCAUUGAGCUGAACAGGCCAGAAGAGGCGGUGCCGGAGCUCUGCAAGGCUGCCGAGGCCAGCGACGAGCAGGCCACGCUUGUGCUGAAGCAGCUCAUGGACGAGGCCGAGGCGCGGGCCGCGGAGGCGCGGAAGAAGCUGGAGGCGAUGGCUGGCAGUGGCGACGCCCGCGCGGCUCGGAUGCUCGCCGAGAUGGCCGUGGGCUGCGCCUGAUGGGCAGCACACCACAGUGGGGUGGGGGCGUUUCAACACGGAAAUCGACGGGGGGACGCCGCGAGGGAGCGAUGCUUCUGGUCAUUGCAAGUUCCAGUCUCGGAGCGUGUGAGCGCGCAAUGUGUCUAUUGCAGCGAGGGCAGGGGUGCAGGAUUCCAAAGUUGCACCCCACGAUGUUUGUCUUUGAAUGUGGCUCGCGGUGCGCUUUGGGCGCACGACCGCGGUUCAGUGUUGAACAGCUCGGCCAAAAUCAGCGUACACCGAGUCGUGCACAGAGACGAGCACAGCAUUCAAUUGUAAAGAAGAAAUUCCCCAAACAGGGUUUGCAAUUAGGGCUCUCAGUUCGCUUCUCAGGAGCUGUGCCUAGUUGUCGGUGUCCGCACAUUGAUUCCGCUAUCUAGGUUGUGGCCGCAUAGAGUGUAGAAUUGACGCUGGCUAACACUAUAUGUGUGGAUUACAGAUAUGAUAGUGUUGCAUGGGACACUUGGCCAUCAGUUGAGUCCGUGCCUUCGCAGAUGUGUGUGUGUGUGUGAUUUGGAGUGGUCG